UGGCGCUGUUUCCUCGCCUGGUGGUUUUGCACAACAAAUCAAAUCCAACAUGGCGGCCCAGAGGAUAGCAUGCUCAGGGUUAACUGCCCUUUACUCCACAGUCUGCGCUCCUAAGCAGGCCCUGAGGAGCUGUUGGGGGACGCUGGAGCAAGUGAGGGGUUACUAUGUUAACUGGAGGAUGCUGAGGGACGUCAAGAGAAGGCAGAUGGCCUUUGACUUUGCUGAUGAGAGGCUGCGGAUCAAUGCACUGAGGAAGAACACCAUUCUACCCAAAGAGCUUCAGGAGGUGGCAGAUAAAGAAAUCGCAGCACUGCCCAGAGACAGCUGCCCUGUGAGAAUACGCAACAGGUGUGUGUUGACUUCCCGACCACGUGGAGUGAAGCGGAGGUGGCGACUCAGCCGGAUUGUCUUCCGUGAUCUAGCGGAUCACAACCAGAUGUCUGGGGUUCUGAGGGCAAGGUGGUGACCCGGGAGCCAUUGGACAGUACGUUCAGACUGGAUCAUAAAAAAAAACCCGCAGGACAUCAGCAUUCGAUACUGACUUGAUUUGGACUUUUAUUAUCUGGAGUCUUAAGAGGUAUUGACCAUAAUAAAACAGUUCAACCACCACCCAGCAAAGCCUGGAAGGUGUUCAUGUUUAAAGUGAAUCCUGUGAGAUUACUGCAGCAUGUUUUCAGUAUUUUGUAAGAUGCUGAAGAGGACGUGAAUAUGUCAUUUCUGUAGAUUGAUUGUUUGUUCCCCUAUGACUCUUCUAAAUAUGAAAAAUGACAAAACAUUAUAUUUGAAGAGAAAAUUAUCAUAUGACUUCUCAGAGGAGCAGAUGUCCUUAUAACUUACUGUACUCUGAAAUGGGUGAAUAAAUACUGUUGCACAUUA